CAGUCACGUUUUCCCCGUUUCGACCGUCGUCGUCCUCGUCGUCGUCGCAAAAAUUACCACAAAAAAAAUACGAGAAAGAAAACGGAAAAGAACCACACAAAGUUUGCACAGUUUUACUUCGAGAAAUAACUGAACAAAGUUCAUAGGAAUUGCCUGAAAUCAAGUCAAGAAGAUCCGGUUUAUUGUGUGUCCUGCAACUGAAACGGAAUUAAUUGCUUGCAAAAUCGAACAAAGACAAAAGCGAAAAGACGGGCUGAGCUUCGGAUUACGCACAUCGGCGUUUGGCGUGCACAUAGAUAAAGUGAUAUAUAUAUAUAUCUAUUAAAUAUAGAGAGUGAUUCUCCAGGACGAUAUCCUUUUGCGGCAGCUGGAGCUUUGUUGUCGCCCGUAUUAUUAUUAUAACCCCAGCCAGGAUGUUGUCCCUAUCAUCGCUGCCACCGCCUCCAUCGCUAUUCCUGCUCUUUCUGUGCGUCCUUGGCUCAGACAUUUCGGAAGCGGAUCGCUCCUCCUCCGCUUUGCUUGCAGGGGAGAAUGCGACGCUAACGGCGCUGCCCUCAUCCUCAUCGGCUGCAACGGCACCCAUCACCGAUAGACCCAUAUUAUCGGUGCCGGAGAAGACACUGGGUGACUACGAUAACCCCAGCAACUCCCAGGGGAGCAGCAGCAGCAGCAACAGCAAUGUGAGCAGUCAAACUGGGAAUUUGGGCAACCUGAGCAGCCUAGGAACAUCCUACAACAACGAUGCCAGCGAUGAGCAGACCACCAGCACUGGCAACACUAGCAACAAUAGCAGCAACAUGAGCCAAACGAGCAGCUCCAGUGCCAUGAGCAACAUAAACAGCAGCAGCAGCAAUCCCAUCUCCAGCACAACUUUAUUAGCAGGAGCUGACACCCAGGAUGGUCUUGUCCUGGCCACGCCCACGGCCAUUAAUGGCAGUACGCUGCCAGAGCAUCAGACUAUUGGUCAGGCACCGCCCACAAAGGGAGAGCAGGAGGCUAUACUGCGAGCUUUAGACUGGCUAAAGGAAAAACGUGCCUCGGACUAUGGCUGGGGCAAUGACACCCAUGUGGUUAUACUGGCCAAAGAGCUAUCCGGCGGACGGGAUCCCAAUGACAGCGUCGAUGGGCAUGUGCAGGUGAUCCAAGAGCUGGAGGACACGCUGUCGGUAAAGGAAAUGGAGAUUGAAAUUCUGGCCAUGCUGGAUCGCCAUCAUACGCUGCCCAAGCCCCUCGAUUUGGACAAACUGGCACGCUAUGUUCUAGCUUUGGGUUCGCUGUGCAAGGAUCCGAAGCAUUUCCAUGGCCACGAUCUGGUGGCCACCUUGCAGCAUCAUGAGCCUGCACAGGACAUUGAGUUUGCGCUAACCACGCUCUCCGCCUGCAGUUCGGCGGCGCAUGUGAGAAAACGUCAAAUACGACGCCUCUUGGAUAUUGCCAGCGGUGUGACGGAUCAGAGUGUCGAUGCCAUUGCAAUGGUCAUUCUGGCAUUGCGUUGCAUUGUCACCGAUCACCGCCAUCGGCAUCUGCAGCACUUUGUUCGUCGGCCGGCCCGGGGUUUGGCCAGCCUACAGGAUCAACGCGGUAGCUUUGGAUCGCUACGCAGCACAGCCCUGGCCAUGCAGGCUUUGCAGGAUCUGGAAUAUGAUCCGGCUGGUCAUUGGAAUCGCACCGCUGCCUCGCGCUAUAUUCUUAGCCGGCAGCGAGCGGAUGGAGGAUGGAGCGAAGAGCCGCUGCAGGAUGGCCAGGAGCCGGAUAUUGGUGUUGGCCUUACGGCUGACAUUAUCCUAGCUCUGGGCUGGAAGGGAUUGGGUGCAGUGCGGGCAUUGCAAUGCGACCAUGUGAUACGUGAGAGCAGUGAUCCCACGGAGAAUGGUGAACCCAAGCUGGCUGUGCCCUUUGGCCUGAGCUCCUCUGCCGAGGAAUCGGAUGCCAAGAAUAUCUCCUAUACGUACACGUUGUGGGUGGGCUCCAAUGUAACCGAGGCCUUCUCCCUGUCACUUGUUUCGCCCAAAAACACCAGCUUUUUCAAGGCCAUGACCCAGGCCGCCGAAAUGGAUCCCAGAUUCAUUUUCGAGGCGCGGGAAUGGCCCAAUGGCCACUAUGUUCACACUCUGUAUGGCAAGAAGGAGGAGCCGCGAGGGUAUCACUACUGGUUACUCUAUCGGCUGCCAGAACUGCCCGAUCCCAAUAAUACACCCGGGAAUCAGCUUAUUGCGCCUGUUGGUGUGGACGAGCUAAUGGUGGAGGAUGGUGAGCACUAUCUGUACUGGUACAAGAAGCUCUAAGCACCGCGGCCUUAGACGGAGCUGCAGUUUAACCCACUAAGCAAAGUCCAAAAUAGAAGCAGAAAGCAAAAAAAAAA